AUGGCAUCAUUUGUAUAUGCCAGUGCUUUCCAGUGCUGUGUACCAGACCCGGCAAAGCCCAAUGCUCCUGUAAGCGAGGAAGAGGAAGCUAUUUCCUGCAAAAUCAACAGGGCUCUCGCAUCUGGUCCUAUCCAGGUUACCAAAGACGCCACUGUAGCGGAAUGGACUCAUGAUCGCAAGAUAACAGUCAUACGCGAAGGAACAAAUGGUUGGACGUGUUUUCCGGGCAACGAAAACCACAUUGGAAACGUGCCCAUGUGCUGUGACGCUCAAGGUCUCCAAUGGAUCAAAGACGCCUAUGCAGGCAAAGAAAAGCCAACCAAUACGGCACCAGGACUGAUCUACAUGCUGUGUGGUGCAAAUCAACAUAGCAGUGUUAGUGUAUCGGAUGUCACAAGCCCGGCAAUUCCAAUUGGACCACAUUACAUGAUCAUUUGGCCAUUUGACUCGAAGCGGGAUGGGUUGCCAAACACGGUCCGCGAUGAAGGGGCUUGGGUCAUGUUUGACGGGACGCCUUAUGCGCAUUUGCACGUUUGCGGAAAUCCAUGGGCAGGGAAGGAAUAUCAUCCUGAGACAACUAAAGCGAACUGGGACUUGAGAUAUCUUACGAGAUAA